GAGAAAAUGAGCGGUAAAGAAAACUAAAAAAAUAUAGAUUUUAAGGAUGAAUCCAGAAUACGAUUAUUUGUUUAAAUUAUUAUUAAUUGGGGAUUCGGGUGUUGGAAAAAGCUGUUUGCUUCUACGGUUUUCGGAUGAUACAUAUACAGAAAGUUAUAUAUCAACUAUUGGAGUAGACUUUAAAAUUCGUACAAUUGAACUUGAAGGAAAAACAGUUAAACUCCAAAUCUGGGAUACUGCAGGACAGGAGCGUUUUCGAACGAUUACUUCUUCCUAUUAUCGAGGUGCACAUGGUAUUAUUAUAGUAUAUGAUGUGACAGAUCAGGAUACAUUUAAUAAUGUUAAACAAUGGCUUCAAGAAAUAGACCGCUAUGCAAGUGAAUCUGUUAAUAAAUUAUUAAUUGGGAAUAAAUCAGAUAUGGUUGAUAAGAAAGUAGUUGAUCCUUCUCAAGCAAAGGAACUCGCCGAUGGACUUAGUAUUCCAUUUCUUGAGACAUCUGCAAAAUCUUCAAUUAAUGUUGAACAAGCAUUUAUAACAAUGGCUCAAGAAAUUAAAAAACGUAUUGGCUCAGAUUCUGCAUAUGCAAUGGGCGGAAAAUCAAAUGUUAGAAUCCACCAAGGAAAUAAAAUACAACAAAACACUUCAUUUGGCUGCUGUUGAACGCAUUUCAUACAUUUCAUUACAUUUUUAUUUUACACCUUAAUAU